AUUUUUUGCAUUGCAUAUAGCAUAUUUUAAAAUUUUUGUAUAUGUUUUUGCACUGCAUAUUUAAAUUCUCUAUAUUUUUUGCAUUGCAUAUAACUUUCAGAAUAAUAGAUUGACGCCACAGAAUUUUGAUUCUUGUCAAAAAAAAAACUUGUUUAAACUUGUCUUUUUAUAAGACUGAGGGGCUAAAAAAUUUCAUCGAUUCUAAGUUCAUAAUUGAUGUCAGGUCCGCCAUAACAUUAACCAACAGUCCAAGAAGUCUCGUAUGAUUCAAGAAAUGCCCACAAACAACAACAACAGAAACUCUCGAACACCUCCGCGAUCAAUGAGGAGUAUGGUGGGAUAAGUCAUAAGGACAGUUGGGAUUGAAGUUUUUCUCCAACAAGCUGACCAUGAAACUGCCGUAGUCCCGAAAGAAACUAAAUUUGAAUGCUUUUAAAUGUCCAUAGAGGCAUCCAAACAUAUUCGAACUUAUAUUAAAUUUGUGUCGGUGAGAGUAAUAGGCAAGAUCCACAUUUUAAAAAGAAAUGUUCUAAGAAAAUAUAUAUUCAUAACCACAUUUUAUUAGUAUUAGGGCUGUUCGUUUGGUUGCCGCAGGUACCGGCGGCAGCGGCAGCGUCAACAUUCUGCGUCAACUCUUGUUCGUUUCGUUGACGCAGGAACCGGCGGCAGCGGCAGCGUCCGAACGCUGCGUCCUGCGGCUGACGCCGAUAAAACCUGCGGUCGCGAUAUGAUAUGCGGCAGCGUCAGCGGCAGCGUCAGCGUCAGCGAAACGAACAACAACUGUCCUCAUUGACGCUGCUGCCGCCGCUGACGCCGAAACCUGCGGCAACCAAACGAACAGGGCUAUUAUUAUUAAAUUAAGGAGUGGCCUUCUCACGAAACAUCACCACGAGCCCUUUGAUGGUGCUCCAAUAUCGAGCUGCACUUACUUCCAUGCACACCAGCUAAUUUUCACGUGUCCAUAUUCGUAUUUAAAUAUAUACAUGUAAUGGUGGUCUAUUUAAAUAUAUACAUGUACUGAUGGUCUAACAUGUCUGCGUCAACUCUCAACACAUCUCUAUAUAUUAACAUUUGACAAAAUGAAUAGAGCAUAACGAAAACAACAUCAAACUGAAGUAUGAACCUCAAGCUCAAGCUCAAGCUCAGGCCAAGCUUCUUCUUCUCCUUUCUGGUUUUCAUCUUUCUUCUCAAAAAACCUGAUUUGGGAUCAGCAUCUAAUAGUCCUAAAUGUAUAUCCUCCCAGCGCCAAGCUCUUCUCACUUUCAAACAAUCACUCACUGAUCCUUCUGGUCGACUCUCCUCUUGGUCCGGACCUGACUGCUGCAAAUGGCGCGGCGUUGGCUGCGACCGCAGAACCAGCUACGUCAUCAAGAUUGAUCUCAGAAACCCGAAUCAAACACUUAGGCGUAAUGGUGAAUUUAGAAAGGGUAGCUUGGGGGGAAUGAUAAAUCCUUCUUUGACCCGUCUCAAGUUCUUGAGCUAUCUGGACUUGAGUUCAAAUGAUUUCAACUUCACGGAGAUCCCCGAGUUUUUAGGCCACAUCGUUAGUCUAAGGUACCUGAAUCUUUCUUUCUCAUCGUUUUCCGGUGAAGUUCCUGCCAGUCUUGGGAAUUUGUCGAAGCUCGAGUCUCUUGAUCUGUACGCUCAGACGUUUAGUGACGAUCUGUUCACCAUAAAUUUGCGUUCAGGCAACCUCGGGUGGCUUUCAGGUCUCUCUUCUUCACUGACUUACCUCAACAUGGGGUUUGUGAGUCUGAGAGGUGCUGGUGAAGUCUGGUUAGAGGAUCUCAGUAGACUCGAGAAGCUGAAGGAGUUGCAUUUGUUCAGCUGUGAGAUUUGGAACUUACCUCUCUCUUUCCCUUCUUCGUCUGCGAAUCUGAAGCUUCUUGAAGUUCUUGAUUUGUCUCGAAACUCUUUCAUUUCACCGAUACCCAACUGGCUAUUUGAUCUCACCAGCCUCAGAAAGCUUUUCCUCCAAUCGGUUCGUCUCCAGGGAACGAUUUCCCCCGGAUUCAAGAAGCUGAAGCUUCUAGAGACGCUAGAUCUGUCCAAGAAUGAACUCUCGGGAGAAAUUCCAGCGGUUCUUGGAGACCUUCCUCAGCUGAAGCAUCUUGACCUUUCUGAAAACUCUUUCGAAGGUCAAAUCCACAGGUUUCUUGACGCCUUGUCCAAGAACAAAGGAAAUAGCAGCUUGCUCUCUCUCAGUCUAAUGUUCGACCGUUUAGAGGGGACAUUGCCUGAGUCGCUUGGCGCGUUGAGGAAUCUACAGAUUCUGGAACUUACAGGCAAUUCCUUCACUGGUUCGAUCCCUUCCUCUGUAGGAAACAUGGCGUCACUGAAGAAACUUGAUCUUUCUUUCAACUCCAUGAACGGGAAGAUCCCGGAAAGCUUGGGGAAGCUUGAGGAGCUUGUGGAUCUAAACUUGAUGGAGAACAAGUGGGAAGGUGUUCUGCUGAAGUCUCAUUUCGUCAAUCUUAGAAGCUUGAAAAGCUUCACUCUCGCAACUGAAGCAAACAGAUCUCUCGUCUUUAAGGUGCCAUCAACAUGGGUUCCUCCUUUCAGAUUGGAGCUUAUCAGAAUCGAGAACUGCCAGAUCGGCCCUUCGUUUCCAAUGUGGCUUCAAGUACAAAACAAACUCAACUCCGUCACACUCAGGAACACUGGGAUUGCGGAUAAAAUACCCCACAGCUGGUUCUCCAUAAUAGCUGCUGGUGUAACUGAACUGUAUCUAGAAAACAACAGAAUCAAAGGUACGUUACCUCAAAAUCUCGUGUUCCCAAAUUUAGCAGCCUUUGAUUUGAGCUCCAACAACUUCCAAGGCCCUUUCCCUCGCUGGACAACAUACGCAACAGAGCUUUAUCUUUACCAGAACAACUUCUCGGGUUCUCUUCCAGCUGACAUCCAUGUCUUGAUGCCACAAUUGAAAAACAUAAAACUCUUUCAAAACAGUUUCACCGGAAAAAUCCCAUCGUCUCUAUGUGAACUCACCGGACUGGAAACCCUGAAUCUAAGAAACAACCGUUUCUCCGGUAGUCUCCCAAAAUGCUGGCGUCCUUCAUCCGAGCUUUACGAAAUCGACGCGUCUGAGAACAGCAUAUCAGGCCAAAUACCGGAGUCUCUCUGCGUGCUGCCUCGUCUCAGCGUCUUGCUUCUGAACCAGAAUGCAUUGGAAGGUAAUAUCCCAGACACUUUCCAGAACUGCUCUGGCAUUACACACGUUCAUCUCGGAGGAAACAAGCUGACUGGGAAACUUCCGUCGUGGCUAAGUAAGCUGUCUUCUCUGUCCAUGCUUCGUUUGCCAAGUAACUCCUUUGAUGGUCAAAUCCCAGAUGAUCUAUGCAGCGCCCCGAGUCUACACAUUCUGGACCUCUCAGAAAACAAAUUAUCCGGCCCGGUUCCAAAAUGCAUCGGCAAUCUCACAGCCAUUGUGCAAGGUAAAAGCGUCGACGAGUACUAUGAAUACCAAGAGAUACGCGAUAGCAUAAAUCUUUCCGGAAACAACAUGUAUGGAGAAAUCCCAGCUGGGAUCUUGGACCUUACUUACCUUCGAAUCUUGAAUUUAUCAAGAAACUCCGUCGCGGGAAGCAUUCCCGGGAAUAUUUCGAAACUUGGUCACCUGGAGACGCUUGAUCUAUCAAGUAACAGGUUUUCUGGUGCUAUUCCUCAGAGCUUGGCAGCGAUAUCUUCUCUCCAUACGCUGAAUCUUUCUUACAAUAAACUGGAGGGGAGCAUACCUAAGCAGCUGAAGUUUAAAGAUCCGUCCAUUUACAUUGGAAAUGAGUUACUCUGUGGUAAACCACUUUCUAAAAAGUGCACAAGGAAGCAGCAGAAUGUUGUGGUUAAUUAAGUAAAUGUACCUGUUUACUCUCCCAAAUAUAAAUAAUAAAGUUAUCUGCUCUAA